CGAGAGUUGUUAGGGUUUUUUCGCCGUCGUCCUCCUCCUCCGUCCUCGCCUUAGGGUCUUUGCGAGAGCGAGCGAUCGCCAGAGAGAGAGAGAGAGAGAGAGAGGGUUUCGCCAUGGGCGUGUUCACGUUCGUUUGCAGGAGCUCCGGGGGCGAGUGGAGCGCGAAGCAGCUCUCCGGCGACCUCGAGGCCUCCGCCGCCACCCCCUACGAGCUCCAGCGCCGCCUCGUCCAAGCCGCCGCCGCCGCAGACUCCUCCGGCGGCGUCCAAUCAUCCUUCUCCCUCGUCACCCCCUCCUCCGCCGUGUUCCAGGUCGUAAUUGGCGGAGGCGGUGGUGGGGCAUUUAUCGGGGGCGGUGCUGCCUCGGCCGGCGGCGCAGCCACCGCAGGUGGUGGAGCAGCAGCUCCCGAAGCGCCUCCCGCUGAGGAGAAGAAGGAAGAGAAAGAAGAGAGCGACGAGGAUAUGGGCUUCUCUCUCUUCGACUAGACACACUGAAGGACCUCGCCCCUCAAGUCAAGCAGUUUUUGAGUUGCUUUUCUUUAUGUUUAUGAACUUAAGUGAGAUGGAAUCUUUUACGCAGGCAUGCAGUUCUUCCUAAGAACAAUUCGAGUGAAAUAUCCUGUUUAUUUUUGUAGUUUGAUUGGGCACUUGUACUCUGGUUAUAUAUUAUUCUCUAUUAUAUGUCUUUUCUUUUAAUA